GAAAAAAAAAAGAAGAAGAAAAAAGCUGUCUCUCUCUCAUCCGCAGGCAGGCAGGACUGCUUUGCUCCCCUUAUCCGCUCAUGUUAUCACAACACUAUCAGUUAACACAGCCUCUCCCCCCUGUCUCUGUAGUGUCCUUGCAACUUUCGAACUUUAAGCUUGUUCAAACAAUUGCUAUGGCCUCUUUAUGGAUUUUGCAGAUUAAAGAGUGAAUUGAAUGAGAAAGAAACAAACACUAUUAGUAGCAGAAGAAGUGGAGGAUGUCUUGUUUACUGCCGCAGUUUAAGUGCCAACCAGACACUUUCUCCAUCCAUUUCAGAACUCACUAUCUUCAAAAUUCUAACUUUUGCCAGUCUGCAAAGAGUAGAGAGCCAGUCUGUUUCCGAGCACAAUGCAUUUUGUCCACCACAUCACCUUCAACAUCCACUGCAGUUCUUGAUCUAGAGAAGCUGAGAUUACCUUCUUUUGAAGCUCAUCCAGAUUCACUUGUAGCAAAUAGUCCAUGGACAUAUGUGGGUUCAAUUGGUCCUCCCAAAGAGACCUUUGGAUCAACUUUGGCUACAGAAACACUUAUUACUGGUGAUGAUGCUGUAAUUGCUGCAGCUGCUGCUGAAGCAGUUGCUCUUGCAAGAGCUGCCGCAAAGGUUGCUAAGGAUGCAGCCAUUUUGGUUAAGAGUUUCCCUUCUUCUGAAGCGGAAAGUAAACUUGAAAUUCCAUCCAUAGCUGAUGUCUCUUCUAGAUGGCCUCAGUUUACAGAAACAGAUCGAGCUCGUAUUAUAGGCGAUUCUGUAACAGCUGAAACCGGAUCAAGAGAAGAACAUCCCAUGCAGCAUCCUACAAAAGAAUCUGAUCAUUUAGAGCCAACUCAUGAAGAGCUUGAACUUCUUCAGAAACAGCUUUCUGAGGGUAUAGCUGUGAGAUCGAGGCGCCAAACUGAAAGAAAAGAAAGACGAACACGGGCAGCUGAAAAGGCUGCUGCAAAUGUAAUGUCUUGGAAGUCUGGUUCCACUAGCAAGAAAAAGCGUGGUCCUUUACAGGAAGUGGACUACUCUGAUCCAUUGCGCUACCUGAGAGGAACAACGAGCACUUCUAAGCUUCUCACUGCUACUGAAGAAUUGGAAUUGUCAGAGGGAAUACAGGACUUGCUGAAACUUGAAAGGCUCCACGAGGAGCUUGCAGAGCGUUGUGGAGGUCAGCCCACCUUUCAACAGUGGGCUGCUGCCGCUGGAGUAGAUCAAAAAACUUUAAGGACACGUUUAAAUUAUGGUAUAUCUUGCAAAGACAGAAUGAUAAAAUCCAACAUUCGGCUUGUUAUUUCAAUUGCUAAAAAUUAUCAGGGAGCUGGGAUGAAUCUGCAAGAUCUUGUUCAGGAAGGAUGCCGAGGCCUUGUAAGAGGUGCAGAAAAGUUUGAUGCUUCGAAAGGUUUCAAAUUCUCAACUUACGCUCAUUGGUGGAUCAAGCAGGCAGUCCGUAAGUCUCUCUCUGAUCAAUCUCGGACAAUUCGCUUACCGUUUCACAUGGUGGAGGCUACUUACAGAGUGAAGGAGGCUAGAAAACAGUUAUAUAGUGAAAAUGGACGAUAUCCUGAUGAUGAAGAAGUUGCAGAGGCAACUGGGCUUUCAAUGAAGAGGCUUAGUGCUGUACUACUAACUCCAAAAGCUCCGAGAUCUCUUGACCAGAAGAUUGGGAUCAACAUGGAUCUUAAACCUUCGGAAAUAAUUGCAGAUCCUGAUGCAGAAACAGCAGAAGAUCUGCUAAUGAAGCAAUUUAUGAAGCAGGACCUGGAGAAGGUGCUGGACAGUCUCAGUCCCAGGGAGAAUCAAGUCAUCAGAUGGAGAUUCGGAUUGGAGGACGGAAGGAUAAAAACAUUGCAAGAGAUUGGAGAGAUAAUGGGCGUGAGCAGGGAGAGAAUUCGACAAAUCGAGUCGAGUGCGUUUCGAAAACUAAAGAAGAAGAAAAGGACCAAACAGUUGAAGCAGUACUUGGUUGCAUAAGCUACAUGACUUAGAAAUUACAGUGCUUAAGAGCUAACUAACUUGCCUGAGGCUCUUGUAUUUAUUUCUUCAAUUUUCUUUCUCCAGCAAUUGAAAUGUCUGCUCUGUAUUCUUUUUCAGAAUUUUAGAGCAUAGUUGUGCAUAGGAACAAAAAUUUUUGAAUCAAGUAUUUUCUAUUUUUCCAAGUACCAAA